UUCUGCCUGUCGAGUGGUGGGAUUAAAGGCAGGCCCCACCGUGCUUAGCUUCAACAUUGCCUUCUUGAUUCAACCAGGGGGAGGUCUCUGGAUGAGGUAGGAUGUGUUCUUAGGGGACUGUAAGUGAAGGCACUGUGGAUGCUCCAUGUGUCCCUCAAGGGAGUGGUAAGCCAUUACCUGAGACCGUGACCACCUUGGACAGCUCCCAGACGACUGAUGCCCCCUGGUGGCCAUACUCCGCGGGAGCGAUCCAGUUGUAAGCUUGCUGUGUCUGGAGAAAGGGGCCCCUAACAGGACACAGAGGGACGGGGCUCAGUCUAGACGAGCUGUACCGCCCCAGCAGGAGGAGCGCGCAGGCGCACUCCGGACACUUUUCUCGAGCCGCAGCGCCUCGAUCCCAUCCCGGAUCCUUUGCCGCAACGUCAACGCCCCCGCCUCCUCUUUUCCUCUUCCUCCUCCGCCCCUCUCGCGUCCCGGCUUCUCCAGUUCCGGUUCCCGGAGCCGGUACCCAGGCCGGGACCGCGGGGUGCCAUGCUGCCCGGGUGGUGGCGCUGAAGCAUGGCGACGCCGGUCCCUCCGCCUUCCCCGCGGCACCUGCGGCUGCUGCGGCUGCUGCUCUCUGGCCUCAUCCUCGGAACGGCCCUGAACGGUGCCACCGCCCGCCGCCCGGAUGCUACCACCUGUCCUGGAAGCCUGGAUUGUGCCCUGAAGAGGAGGGCAAAAUGCCCACCAGGGGCACAUACCUGUGGACCAUGCCUUCAGUCUUUCCAGGAGGACCAGCAUGGGUUCUGUGUGCCCAGGAUGCACAAGUCUUCUGGGGAGGGCCUGCCCCAGCCCAGACUGGAAGAAGAGAUUGAUUCUCUGGCCUUGAAACUGGCACUGAAAGAGAAGGAGGCUGGUCAUUCAAGGUUUACAGCACAGCCCUUGCCUGAGGCUACGCAGAAGCUCCUGGAGCCUGGAUUCUCACAGUGGGGUCAAGGACUGGAGCCCGGCCUCCCCACCACUCAUGGAACCUCACCACCCACUCCCCACACCUCCUUGAGCUCCUCAGCAUCUUCUGGGCCUGUGCAGAUAUCCCCACUGAAGCCCCAGGGCGGGCAUGGAAAUGGCCUCACCCUUGUGCUGAUCCUGGCUUUCUGCUUGGCGAGCACAGCUGCCCUGGCUGUGGCAGCCCUCUGCUGGUGUAGGCUGCAGCGAGAGAUCCGCCUGACUCAAAAGGCUGAUUAUGCUGCCACAGCCAAGGGGCCCACUUUACCUACAACACCACGAAUCUCUCCUGGGGAUCAGCGGCUGGCUCACAGUGCUGAGAUGUAUCACUACCAGCACCAGAGACAGCAGAUGCUGUGCCUGGAGCAACAUAAGGAACCUCCAAAGGAACUGGAGUCAGCCUCCUCUGAUGAGGAGAAUGAAGAUGGUGACUUCACCGUGUAUGAAUGCCCAGGCCUGGCACCGACAGGGGAGAUGGAGGUGCGCAACCCACUGUUUGAUCAUUCCUCGCUGUCAGCGCCAGUGCCAGGUCCCCAUUCCUCACCUCCGCUGCAGUGACUCCUAGGCAACUGAUGCCCACUUGCCUGCAGCCCACAGCCCACUGGUGGGGAGAAGCAAGUCCUGGUGUUCCCCAUGAAAAGGACAGCAUCAUGUCCCUCUGCAUGCGUUUGGCAGGAGGGAGGCACCAGGCCCUGGGCUCCCUUGCCAGGGAAAUUCUCUACCUUAUGUGGGAGAUCUAGCAUUUGCUUUCACUUUCUCUGUCUGGUCUGAACCCUCAAACUGGAGAUACUAGUCCAGGAAUGCUUGAGCCCAGCCGUGGAUAGAGAGUUCUGGAGAUAAAAGCCAAUUAAAGUCUUUUUCAAACCUG